AUGGCGGCAGAGGACAGCACCGGUGUCAUGUGUGGGGUAACGCACCGGGGGGAGAGCCGCGCUCCCCGAAGCCCUGCCCAGCUGUCGCGCCUGCCGGGCUUGCGGGCCAGGGGCAGCCGGCCCGCCCAGCUGAGCUGCCCUAACCGUGAGGCUUUGGUGCCCCUCUGUGGCCACCAGCUUGAACAGCAGAAUCCAGCAUCCCCGGCCGGGCGGGCUGAAAGCUUUGGACCCCCAGAGUUCCGGCUCUACCGCCCAGCAGGCCACCCGCCUGGCCGCGCCGCGCUCACGCCGAGGCGACAGCAACACACCACCGCCAGCUGCCCCUCACGGCGACCGUUAAACGGCCGCCUCGUGGCCCCGCCUCGCGCGGCCCCGCCUCCCUUCAGGCGCUCGCUCGCGCCCUGCCCCCCUUAUCACCCGGCCGCAGCCGCCUUAUCGCCCGUGGGCAGAGACACCUCCGCCUGCCCGCCCCGGCCCCUCGCCAGUGGCAGGCCGGCUCCGGGCGUCGGCAGUGGAGGCACGGCAGUGGGCGCCCGCCACGACCCGCGGGACCCCGUACCGCCCGGCACGGGGCGGAGCAGAGCGGAGGAGAGCGGCGCCCAGCCCAGCCUGGCACCGCCCCACGCGGGGGCUUUGUUACCCCGCAUGCAGCAUCUGCUGGGCAGGCGGCGAUCGCUGCGCGCCCCCCCGCCCCGUGCAGCGCUUGGGAGGCGGCGCGGCGGGGGCGCCCCGGCGGCGGGCCCGCCCCGCGCGGUGCCCGCCGGCGCCUCCCCUGCCGCGGCGGCCUGA